AUGGAAGAGUACGGAUCGAUGAUGUCGUUGUCAGACUUGAUGGUCCAUGCCACGUUGGCUAGUGGCGAGGGUGUGUUCCAUAGGAGUAAUGGUGGUGGUUCCUUUGAGCGUCUUGUACUUGAUCAGUCUCAUCGUACUUGUCCUAGUCUCCAAAUCCACGGUCUCGAUCUCCAUGUUAGCUUUUCGUGA